CCCCAGAGGGCGGGCCUAAGUGCAGAGAAAACUCCCGCAGGAAACUCACAGUAGUUCCCAGAGAAGGAGAACUGCUUUGGAGUUAAGGGACUAUAAUCAACCUUCCUUCUAAGGGAAGCUGGGAACCUUCUCCCUUGGCUUCGUGAAAACUAAGCUGAAUCUUUUGCCAAACGCCUAUAAAUUAGGUGAAAUGGGCCCCUCGCCCAUGAUGUGACUUCAGCUGCGUCUUUCUCUCCCAACCGGUUCUUUUCCUCUGUGGCUGAUUGGCCUUGGAGUGUGGCCAGAACUCUACCUCCUACAAGAAAGGGUCCAGGGCUAACUGGUGGUCUUUCUCUUUGGAGUGAUGGCGCUUACCAUCGUUAUCCUCAGGCUACUCGUCUGCAUCCUGGCAUUUCCCAUGUUCCUGCUGAACUUUCUGGGCUUGUGGAACUGGAUAUGCAAAAAAUGGUUCCCCCACUUCAUGCAGAGGUUCACCGUGAUCUACAACGAGCAGAUGGCAAGCAAGAAGCGGGAGCUCUUCAGCAACCUGCAGGACUUUGUUGGCCCUUCUGGGAAGCUCUCCCUGCUGGAGGUGGGCUGUGGCACCGGGGCCAACUUCAAGUUCUACCCACCUGGAUGCCGGGUGACUUGUGUUGACCCUAACCCCAACUUUGAGAAGUUCUUGAUCAAGAGCGUUGCGGAGAACAAACACCUGCAGUUGGAGCGCUUCGUGGUGGCUGCAGGGGAGAACAUGCUGCAGGUGGCUGAUGGCUCUGUGGACGUGGUGGUCUGCACCCUGGUCCUGUGCUCCGUGGAGAGCCAGGAGCGCCUCCUCCAGGAGGUGCGCCGAGUGCUGAGGCCGGGCGGGGCUUUCUAUUUCCUGGAGCAUGUGGCUGCUGAGAGCUCAACCUGGAUUUACUUCUGGCAACAGAUCCUGCAUCCUUCCUGGUACCUGCUGUUUGACGGGUGCCACCUGACUAGAGAGAGCUGGAAGGCGCUGGAGCGGGCGGGCUUCUCCAAGCUCAAGCUGCAGCACUUCUGGGCGCCGCUGUCCUGGGAGCUGGUGCGCCCCCACAUCUGUGGCUAUGCCAUCAAGUAGCCUGAGUGGGGAGUAGAGGGCUGAAUGGCUCAUAGCUUCAGGCUACACUCUGACACUUCAAAUGCUAAUUGGAAGAAAGAAAACUUUUUUUUUCUUGUUUUUAAGGUAAAGUUGCAUUUCAUCCUUAAGAAUUUAUGUUAUAACUUCUUCAGCCAUUUUCUGUUGUCUCCCAGGGAAUCAAAACCAAGCCAAAGCAAAACAGGGUUCUCCCUUAAAAGAAAACGCUGGGCUUUCAUAAUUGAAGUUUACCAUUAUCCCCAAACUUUAGUUUAUGGGAUAACUUCAAAAUCCUUCCGGUUUAUAUGGCUACCUGGCAGAUUUUCAUUUCACCCCUCUCUUUGAGAGCUUGGUGCUCAGAGGCACUGAAAUCACUCAAAAGAGGAUUUGAAAAGGGAGAAGUGACAAGAUCUUGAAACUUCACAGACUGAACCAGGGAAUACUGAUUAGUUGAAAAUCCAAAUCUCAACAGCCCAGGUCUUUCUGAAAGAGAAAUCUGAAUCUGUUUGUUGUUCUUAGUAUCAGCGGGGCUGGUGUUCAGAAUUAAUGGACUAGGAAGCCACACCUAGCUCUGCCCAGCGUUGUUUUUACUCCCGCAGUCCACUGACGUUUAUUUUCCUGCAUUCCAGUCUUCAUUUUUUUUAAUUACCAUAGAAUGCCAAUCUUCAGUACUUAAAGAUUGUACUUGACGUAUUAGUGUAUCCAGAAAAAUAGCCGAGGCACUUAAGUUUCUUGAGUACAUUUUCCUUAUUAUGUAGCAUAUACUUUGCUGCCUCCUGUCUUAAAUUGUAGGCCAACUGUAGUUAGGAAAACCUUGUUUAAUUAGGUACGCUUUGUAAGACCCCCUAAAACCUAGGCAGCCUGGGAGUCUGUAGAGAAAUAGACACAUAUUUGGGGGAUUAUUCUGACCAAAUUUCCACUCCUGUCCUGAGAUGAUUUCUUUGUUCCUUGCCAUCGUGGAAACCUCUGUAAAUCAUAAGUGCUUUGAAAACAAGUGUUGGGGGCCCCUGGGUGGCUCAGUGGGUUAAAGCCUCUGCCUUUGGCUCAGGUCAUGAUCCCAGGGUCCUGGGUUU